UUUUUACAGUAAUCUUUAAGGAGUACACAGAGAAUUAAAUGGAAAGCUGACAGCUAUGAUAUCUGCUGUUGCUCAAGAAAGAAAGUUUGGAAAAAAUGGAAGUAACAUGUCAGACUUCGACCUGAUCCUGAUGUUGGAGAGAUGCUACAGCAGGGAGUGCUGCUUUUCAUGGACAGAAAGUCUAGUUUACUAGGAGAUAUUGAGGAAUAAUGACUGAGUAUGAUUUUUUUUUUUCGUCUGCCUGCUUGAGUUCUUGCUUUCCAUAUUCUUAGUCUCAGAGUCCUAAUUGACUAGAGCUGGAGAUUGAGUGGCUCCAAGAACCAAGUUAUUAGUCCAAGAGUUAUUGUUUCAGUCAAGCCUGGGCAAUGGAGAUGUACUUGUUCCCAUCCUCUUUCACAGAGUGUCCAGAGUUACAUUUGUUUUCUCAGAGCUGUCAGUGCAUAUCCUGUGCAGUCAUCCAGCUAUGAUAUCCAACAUGGUCUUCAAUCUGAUUAUUUCAAAACCUUUUAUUAUGAUAUUGUAUUUUAUUAUAGCACAUUUGCCUGAAUCUGUCUUACUGGCAGCUAUUCAAACUCAGAAGGCCUUGCAAUUAGCGCUCCCUUCAGCGACCUUGCAUGUUGUCAUUUCUGAUGCCUUCAAAUUUGGAACUUUUAGAAAGCAACUGUCCUGCCAUAUAUGAUGGCUUUUAAGCACAAAAUGCUGUCUACGUAAGCAGUCUGUGUAGGGCUGUGGAGGGAAACAGUCAUGUAAUAUCAGGUGUGAUAUUCACGAGAUACUUUUCUGACAAAUUGGGGCUUAAGGUAAAAAGUACCCCAAAUUAUUCAUUUUCUCUACUUUCUCCUGUUAAAUAAUUUUUAAAAUAAUUUUAAAUAAUUUAAAUAAUAAUAAAAAAAUUUUUUUCUUUUUUUUGACAUUAAAUAAAAUUUAAUUGAAGUCAUAGUUUUUCACAGAUAUUUAAAAUGAGGCAUAACUGUUUUGCCGGCACCCUAUUGGCAAACCAAUAUUCUGAUAUGAUAUUAUUGCAUACCUUACACAUAGGAUAUUUUGUGUUCACAAUAACAGUAUCUUCAUAUGAACAGUUAUCACACAUGGCUAGAUCACAGCUCAUUUACCGAUAUGCCUUGGAAUCAAGCCUGCACAGAUGGACUUGUUCUGAAACCUUAGUCAAAGCAGGAUCAUGCGUGCAUGAUGAUCAUGUGAGAUUGUAUCUCUUCACAACAGCAUUUUUGCAAGAAUGACUCAGCUUGCUGCAUGCUGGAUCUUGUGGAUGGUCAGAAUUGUUUAGUUUGCAUUUUCCUUGCCUGAUUUGCUUCCUUCCUUUUAUUAGAACUGAUUUGCACUUAUGCACGCAUGGCCAUGGGACUAAUUACUUGUAUGCAUUCAUCAGGUUUGUCUGUGUCAAAGACAAUGAUUAUUAAACUUUAUGGAGUGUCAGAUGCUUCAGCAACAAAUGUCUCCCUUUAUUAUAGAAAGUCAAUAACACUGAUAAAGGGAAAGGGAACAGAUGGCCUGUGGCAAAGCUUGCCAUGGAAUGUGAGCUCUGAAAUUAAUGCAGUGCAGUGUGCAUGCCCACAGUAUUUAUUUUGCAGUUUCACAAAGAAUGUGAUAGAGAUUGAGAGAAACAACUUGAUUGCACUCAACAAAGUCAAGUAAAGAGAAAAUUUACUUAAUCAUCUGAGUGGUCAUUGAAGCCUCCUCAUCUCUUUACAAUGUUUGGCUAUCUAUAUAUGCAUGCUCAAUGCACACGCAUGCAAAAGUCAGAAUAGUGAAAAAGCAUCAUCACGACGGGCAGAACACAGCACUUACAAGGAGGACAGCUAUCCAGUUAUUUCACCCAUUGCAAUUGGCUCAAGAUGAAUGUUAAAGAGAAAGCUGAGGAGCAACAGCAGACCACAUCGAAUGUCUCACUCAGUCAACUGGAAACCAGGUCAGUGACACUGGCAUCUUCCAAGAGCUCAAGAUCGUCCACAGCAAGUAUGGCAGCAACCAGAACACGAGCUAAAGCGGAAGCAGUAAGAGCACGUACAACAUUCGUCCAAAGAGAGGCAGAAGUACUGCUAGAAAAGGCUAAACUGGAAUCUGAACUGUUAUCUCUACAGCAUAAAAAGGAGGUUGCAGCGGCAGCAAAAGAGGCUGAGCUUCUGGAAGCAGCUGCAGCAGAAAUAGAGUCGGGAGAAAUUAAUAUGGCGAUUGAUGUCACAGCAUUUCCACAGGAGACUGUUGAAAAGCGCACAAAGGACUAUGUGGACAAUCUUUCUGGAUCAAGUUUUCACCGUCUCCCUCCCGGUAAAGCAGAGCCUGACUCCCGUGAUCAUGAACAGUUCAUGAUACCGCCUGCACUGCCCAUCACGACUGCCACAAGCCAUGUCACACAAAAUGCUGACAGACUGAACCGCAUGUCUACUCCUAAACCAUACCAAGUAAGUCAACCUAGAAUGUACAGGUCACAGCUACUAUUUCCCCAGCACACUCCUGUUAACCUGCCAUACACUUCGCUCUCUCAUAACCAAGCAUAUGGGCAAAUUCCGGUUUCAGAGAAAUCGAACAAACCUCAGACUUCUUAUCUCAGCAGUACAACACAACAGCCAGCCUCUACUGACCAUGCAGGUAUGAGUGAAAUAGCCAGAUACCUGGUGCAUCGUGAGCUUGUGAACUCAGGGCUUAGUAAGUUUGAUGAUCACCCAGAAAAUUACUUAGCCUGGAAAUCGUCAUUUAUUAAUGCUCUAGAAGGAUUAUCACUCACUUCUAGUGAGGAGCUCGAUCUUCGAUAAGAUGUGUAGGACCACAGUCCUCAGAACAAGUUAAAAGAGUAAGAGCUGUUCAUGUUGCUGAUCCGGCAGCCGGCUGUAGAAUGGCAUGGUCCCGUCUAGAAGAAAGCUUUGGGAGUGCGGAAAAGUCGCUCUUUGAUAAGCUGAACUGUUUCCCUAAAAUCAGCAUCAAAGAACCCCAAAAGUUAAGAGAACUUGCAGAUCUGCUCAAGGAGGUGGAGUAAGCAAAGCUUUGCAGGCUACUUACCUGGGCUCUCUUUUCUGGACACAGCGCGGGGUGUGGCACCUAUUGUCAACAAACUUCCUCCUAACCUCCAAGAGAAGUGGAUGUCCCAAGGGUCCCAAUACAAGCUUCAGUUCCAGGUACCAUUUCUUCCAUUCACAUUUUUCACAGAGUUUAUAUGCUGGGAAGCCUACAUGCACAAUGAUCCAAGUUUCACAUUCCACUUAUCUUCAACUGCCCAUGUAAAACCAGAAAUCUCAGUGAAAAGAGGCGGACCACUGAAAAGCUUCAUCUCUACUCACAAAACUGAGAUUGCACAAACAACCAGCUUUACCGAUUCGCCGAACAGUAAGCCAGAUAUCAACAGACAAUGCCCUAUUCACAAAAAAACCCAUCCCUUCAAACGGUGCAGAGCCUUCAGAGCUAAGAGCAUUGAGGAAUGGAAAACGUUUUUGAAGGAGCAUAAUAUCUCUUUCAGAUGUUGUUCUUCAACAAUCAUGUGGCCAAAGACUGUGAUGUUAGCAUACAGUGCACAGAGUGUGGCAGCAACAAACAUGUCAAAGCUCUUCAUCCUGGACCACUUCCAUGGACGCUAAAAGCGCACAACACCGAGCAUGGCGGGGAGAAGGAAAGUGCAAAUCCUUCCAUUAACUCUAAAUGUACAGAGGUCUGUUGGGACAAUAAUAGUUCACGAUCCUGUUCGAAAAUCUGUCUCAUCAGAGUUCACCCCAAGGGAGAUCCAGACAAAUCACUGAACGUCUAUGCUAUUUUCGACGAUCAAAGUAAUCGUUCACUUGCCAGGUCUGAGUUCUUUGACCUCUUCAAUCUCAAGAGCACAGAAUUUCCCUACACUCUGUGCACAUCCGCCGGAGUCACAGAAAUGUCUGGGAGGCGAGCUAUGGACUUCAUCGCACACCCUCUAGAUGGUAAUCUUUCAGUCCCACUCCCUACGCUCAUUGAGUGCAACUACAUUCCCGAAAACAGAUCAGAAAUACCCACACCUGAAGCAGCAAAACACCACCCACAUCUCAAAUCUAUUGCUCAUCUUAUCCCUCCUCUAGAUCCAAACGCUCAAAUACUUCUCCUUCUCGGAUGCGAUAUUCUCCAAGUCCACAAGGUAAGAGACCAACGCACUGGGCCACAAAAUGCUCCCUAUGCUCAAAGACUGGACCUAGGCUGGGUUGUGGUUGGCGAGGUGUGUCUCAGUGCUGCUCACAAACCUUCAACUAUAAGUGUUUACCGCACAAAUGUUCUAGAAGAUGGGCGUCCAUCCUGCUUUAGCCCAUGUCUCAAUAAACUCUACCUCAAGGAGAAAUUAACUGCACAGCCAAGUGUUAAAGUCUCUCUCCUUCCCCAGCUUGCUCCCAGCCCAUUAGCCACCUCAGUCUUCGAAAGAACAAAAGACGAUGAAAAGAUUGCCCCUUCAGUUGAGGAUAGGCAGUUCAUUCAGUUAAUGGACAAAGAAAUGUUCAUGGAUGACACUAAUAGCUGGGUAGCACCCCUUCCAUUUCGUUCACCUAAACAACAUCUUCCAAAUAACAGAGAGCAAGCUCAGAGUCGUUUCAACUCUCUCUGUCGCACACUACGCAAGAAACCGGAGAUGAGAGAGCACUUUGUAGAGUUUAUGCAGAGGAUCUUAGAUAAUGAUCAUGCUGAGCUAGUACCUCCUGUGAACCCAGGGAGGACUGCUGGUACUUACCUUCCUUCGGUGUAUAUCACCCACGCAAGCCUGGCCAAAUUCGCGUAGCGUUUGACUCCAGUGCUCAGUUCCAUGGCGUAUCUUUGAACGAUGUGCUGCUAAUAGGCCCAGAUCUCAACAACAGUUUACUGGGGGUCCUGCUAUGAUUCAGGCAUGAGCCAAUAGCCAUCACUGUGGACAUAGAGCAAAUGUUCCACAGAUUUGUUGUCAGAGAAGACCAUAGGAACUUCCUCCACUUUCUGUGGUUCAAGAACAAUGAUAUGUCUGAAAGCAUGCAAAGUUCACGUCUUCAGCAAUAGCCCCUCCCCAGCUGUUGCCAUUUAUGGCCUCAGACAUGCUGCCUUGUAUGGUGAAGCUGUAAAUAGCCUGUUUGACCCUCUCGGCUUGGUGGCGCCAAUCACCAUCCAAGGAAAACUGUUACUCCGUGAACUUUCAAACACAAAGUCAGACUGGGAUACCCCCCUUGCAGCUGAAAAAGGAAGCAGAAUGGAACCUCUGGAAAGACUCAUUGCAAGACUUAGAGCAGCUCAAAAUCCCCAGAACUUAUACUCCAUUGUCCAUUUCUCACUCAGUAAAAAAGGAGAUUCAUGUCUUCUCGGAUGCAUCCGUUCAGACCAUAUCCGCAGUCGCAUACUUGAAAGUAAUGGAUCAUGAUGGAAUGUGUCACGUAGGGUUCAUUAUGGGAAAAGCCAAGCAAGCUCCACAAACAGUACAUACAGUUCCCAGACUUGAACUGUGUGCGGCCGUCCCUGCAGUUGAAAUAGCGGAACAAAUUGUCCAAGAACUAGACAUCAAACCUGACACCCUACUGUUCUACACAGACAGCAAGGUCGUUCUGGGGUACAUCUGAAAUGAGCCCCGAUGAUUUUAUGUGUACGUCAGCAACAGAGUGCAAAAGGCUCAGAAAAUUCACUCACCCAGAGCAGUGGGGGUACUUUCCAACCUCACAAAACCCUGCCGAUGUUGCUACUAGACCAGUUCCUGUGUGCCGCCUAACUGAAACAAACUGGCUCACUGGUCCACCAUUUUUGCAGCAUUCAGCAUCCACUCCUGUGAAAGAGGCUCCUCAUAGUCUCAUCGAUCCAGAUACAGACGUGGAAGUGCGAGCGCAUGCCACAACCUGUUUAAACCCUGAACUCGGUCACGGUUCUCACCCUUUCGAAAGAUUUUCUUCUUGGAAUUCCUUAAGAAGAGCCACAGCUUCACUUGUUCACAUUGCUCUGUCAUUCAAAAACAAUGAAAAGUCAUUGUUUUUGAAUGAAAGAGCAAUGUGAGCAAUGACUUUCAUGCCGUGGAAAAGUCAUGCCAUGGCUGGCACCGUUGCGAGAGUUCAUACACACCUGAGUUACUAAGUCAAGCUGAAAGUGUCAUCAUCAGAUGCGUACGAAAGGAGGCUUAUAAAGCAGAAAUUGCUUGUCUGGAGAAUGAAAAUGCCAUUCCCAAUCAAAGUUCCCUCAAGAGGCUGAACCCGGUCCUGGAGGACGGACUCCUAAGAAUUGGAGGCAGAAAAGAACAGUCCGCACUCCUCAGCAGUGAGAUACAUCCUCUUAUCAUUCCUGGCCAUAGUUACAUAGCAACCCUCCUAACAAAUCAUUACCACGAGAAAGUAAAUCAUCAAGGUUGAAUCUUCACAGAAGGAGCACCUCUUUAACCCACCUCAUUCGUCUCACAUGGGAGGAGCAUGGGAGAGGAUGAACGGACUUUCAAGACGGAUUUUGGACUCCAUGCUUCCUCAAAUCAGCUACUCGCAUUUGACUCACGAAAUGCUGUCAACUCUAAUGGCUGUGUGCUAUUGUCAACGCAAGACCUCUCGUAUCCAUUUCUACCGACCCUGAAAAAGAGUGGAAAAGAGUGCAGUAUCUUGCAAGCAUAUUUUGGGAAAGGUGGAGACGACAAGACCUUGCAUCCCUUCAGCCCCGUAAGAAAUGGCAA